AUGGCAGACAUCAAACAGGUGCCUCAUAGACACCCCAAACAUGCAAUCGAGCAGAACCAGAAACAUCCCGAAUCUGACACCUGGUUCAACGAGGCAAACCAGCAUGUCACGUCUCAAUUAGACGGUCUGGGAGACGACGCGCCUUAUUUCCCCAAUGACAUUGAGCCAGGCCAUUCCGGCGAAAAGCAUUCCAGCCCAAAUCGUUUAGAUGACCCAGUGUUAUCUUACAUGCGGGCAAACGAUGGUGAAAGGGAGAAUGAAGAGCUCCGCGGAAUCAUCGAUGACUUGACGUUGGAUAUCAAACGGUUAAAGCAAAAGCUACGCAGGUACAAGGAAAGAGAUCCUCCUCGACUGCAAGGGGAUAAACUCUUCGAUGUCCGCACUUAUGGUCUACCACGUCACAGGAAACGCCAGUUAGAGCAAAUUCUGCAGCAAUUCGCUGCUGAGAUUUCCGGAAGCUCGCGACUGUCUAGAAACAGACCAGCCCGUGCCAAAAGCAAGCCUAUGCGUGACAAUGCAUUGAUCUCAGAAGACGAUGCCCGCAAGGCAUUGGUGGUUAUGCUAUUUAAGCAACAUCUAGGUCUUUCUACUGCCAAGGCUAGCAUUCAACAUCUCGCAAAUACAUCGCCUCCCCCAAAUUCGUGGUAUGAUCUGAAUGAGACGCUGGGCUCAAUAAAGCAGAUGGUUUCUACCAUUGAUGUUGAAUUCAGCCGUGAGGCUCUCAAGAAAUACGGUGCAGCACUUGAGCUUUCAGCUGAUGGCCAUUGCGUGAGACAGCAGGGCAGUGAUCCACAGGGGUUGACACGACCUUCUACCGGGUCCAGUGUGGUAUAUGAUCAUCCCCAUUUCCAUCAUACGAAUGAUCUUCUCAAGAAGAGAUCAACACAUACAGAAACCGUUCUCGGUCUUGCGGAGAGCAAAACCACGUCGCUGCAUCAAUCAGUCGGCACAGAUUAUGUACCGUAUACAUUGACAACACACAGGAAUGAGGCCGAAGAUGAGAUCUUGUCAUUGACCAGUAGUGAUUCCGAGAUGAGCUUGCACGUGCCUAUAAGCGACGGACACGGCCAUGUUUCAAAACCACAAACGCACAAAACGUCUCAUGAAAGGUUGACGUACUACAAAAAUGCUACCUUCUACAUUGACUGCUUUGGGGAUAGUCCUGAUGUAAUGAACUUGCAACCAUGGAAAUCAUCGUUGACAGAAAGCGUUGGCGAGAAACGCAAACGCCAAAGCAGCCCUAGUCUCUUGUCACAACAACAACGACGACGACAUACAAACAGAACACCUGCAGAUCGGUUCCUUUCCUAUCCAAAUGAAAAGGACUCGGUAUUGAAUCUCAGCCAAUGCAGUUCACCUGUUUUGUCUCUAGCAGAAGAGCCAUUGGAAUCAGUAGCAGUUGGGCACAAGGCUUUUCCUAAGGAGUUAGCGGCUUCGGGUGUUGGAGAUGUGACCCCUCAUGACAAUUUUGCUGUACAUGUAGUCAUGAAACAUGUUCCAGUCAGCUCGAGUGAUGAUACAGGCGGUGUCAUCAACAAUCAUAUUAAGAAGGCUGAAACACGAGUUCCGGAUCAUUCUUUUAAUAAAUCCAUUCCGGGUCAUGAUCAACGCAACGGCAGGAUAAACGACCGAAACGAAAAACUCUUCAAGACCUACGUCGUCACAGCUACACAUGAAGAGUUGCCACCGUCAUCUUUACCGCCCGCGACAUGUGGUUUCUUUUCGUCUGCCAGUUCGGAUGACGAUAGCAAUGGCGAUGAAGGUCGCGAAGAUGGGGAUGAUGAACGUGAUCAUGUUCAUGAAGAUUGCAGUGGAGUGAAUAGACAUGAUGCGCCUCCGGACGUGCUGGCUCGCGUCGGGAUUAAAAAUGGUGAAUCCCCAGCAUCUGUGCAUUCAAUUGAGAAGUGGAAUGCCGAUGUUGUAGCUUCACUUGGCAAUCAUGAAGGUAAUGGAUUCGACGGAGUUGCUCCUCAACGAGCAUCGGGAUCGAUUCGGACUCGUUAG